GCUUCCCGUCCGCCUGCCAGCUCUCUUUUGCGCGUCCUUGUCACCGACUGACCGUUCCUCGACCAGCGCCAGUUAUCUGACGCAGUUCCCGACCCAGCACGCACAUACGCACGCACGCACCCAGGAGAGUGACCCGACAUCUACCGCCUUGUGAUCAGCUCCCAACGACUUGCACCUCCGCGCUAGAAGCCCGUGAUCCUCGAAAGCUAACCAUCAGUGUCUACGCCAACACCCCCGAACCCGGCACCGCCGCCGCUGACCACGAGACCACUCGCCCAGGACACGCCAGUAUUACGCCAGUAUUGAAGGCUGCUUCGAGCAAUACUGUUUCUACCGUCAGGCUUGCGAGGCCCGCCUGUAUCGACGUUGCCUGAGGAUCCGGGUGGUCGAAAGAAGCAGAACAAAAAAGCAAAGAGCGAGCUUGGAACGCUGAGGACUGCGAGCACAGAGCUUCGUCUUCUGGCUUGAUGUCAUAACCAUUCUCUUCACGAUACGAUACCCAUUCUUUUCUGGUACCUAUCAAGGACCGCCCCCCCUGUAUCUCGAAGACACUUAAUAGGACUAUUUAUUAAGCUCCGUCUUCUCCAUCCACACGCACAGCUCCGCCCGUCGCUGGUACUCUCGCGAUGGCCGAAGCGGAUUUCGAAAUCGACUUCUAUGGGGACGCCGGAAAUGAGCAGCAGAGCCACCAGGAGGGCAGUCACGCGGAGAGCAGGAGUGAAUACCGGAACGAGAACGAUGACCACGGCAAGGUAGACCACGGGGAUCAGGCGCAGCACGACGACCGCGGAGACCACGACCAGCACAACAGAGAGGAGCAUGGCGGCGAACAUCGGCGCCAAACGAGCGAGACGGAAGACACACCAUCUCGCCAGGGUGUCAAGAGGAAAUCUGAAGAGGACGACCGGCCCGUCGAUCCAAACGCCACGGCUGCCGUCAUGAUUUCUGAGCUCAGUUGGUGGACGACCGACGAUGAUAUACGUGGCUGGCUCCGUGGAGCUGACUGCGAGACCGAGGUCAAGGAGCUCACUUUUAGCGAGCACAAGGUGAAUGGAAAGAGCAAGGGCCAAGCGUACAUCGAAUUCUACUCCCGGCAAGCUGCCACGGCAGCGAAGCACCACAUUGACCACGCAGCCAGCGAAAGCGCCCAGCCUGGGCAGCAGAAGAAGCUCACAACGUCGUACUGUCACCCCGGGAUGAACCCUUUCAGGACGCUACCAAAGGACGCCCCGGCGCGUGUCAAGGAGCAGCCCCGCGCCGCGCCGUCCGGGCCGUACAACGAUCGGGGCAACUACGGUGGUGGUGGCUUCCGCGGCCGUGGCGGCUACGGCGGCGGGCGAGGCAUGAACCAAAACAACUUCAACAGCAACCGCAACUUCAAUAACAACAUGGGGUUCAACAACAACAACAUGGGCGGUGGCUUCAACGGACCCAUGGGCGGCGGCAACUUUGGCUUCCAAGGCGGCCGCGGCGGCAUGAUGGGUGGCGGCAUGCGGGGCGGCCCCGGUGGCAUGCGAGGUGGCCGCGGCAAUAACAUGAUGGGCAUGGGUGGCCCGAUGGGUGGCAUGCCGAUGGGGAUGCCAGGGAACAUGGGUAUGAUGGGCAUGGGUGGUGGCAUGCCAGGCUUCCAGGGCAUGAAUCCCAACUUCAAUGGCGGGUUCGGCUUUAACCAGAGCCAAGGCGGGGGCGGAGACUGGGGCAACCCGCAUGGGGCGAAGCGCCCGCGGCCCGAGUAGAGAGACGUGUUGCUCGGAUCGCUUCCUCCGGAUACUCUAUGGAGCAGCCAAAGUAGCGCUUCGGACGAGCGGCGGCGCGGUGGAAGUUGCACGCAUCGUACGUGCCAUUGUACAAUAUUAUAGGCCAAGACGGCCACGAAUCGGUUUUACGGCGGGCAGAGCGUUUAGGGACUUGCUUAUCAUGCUUGGGGGUAAGGAUGAGGAGGUGAUUUGCCAGCCUCUUGCGAGGAAAGAAAAUGGGCGACUGAUGGGACCCUGUCUUUUGCGGGUUCCACAGCUCGGGAAGCACGCAGCUGCACGGGAGAUGGAUGACUAUCCCCCGGGGCUCAUUGCCAAGAGAGAGAGGCUCAUGUAGUAAUAAGGAAGACACUGAGGGUCACGAGGGCAAUGCAUGCAUGCGUGGGGGGUGGCGAGAAAGGGCCACGGGCCGCCGACGGUUCACAUCAGUCGUGUAUGCGUGCUAUUGCGGCGAC